AUGGCCUGCAUCAUGGAGGAAACUGAAGAAAUUUCCAGAGAUAUUCACCUCACUCUUGGUAUGCUGGACAAGGAGGACAAUGAAGGCAAGGAAGACAUUUACAGUAGUCUUGCUACCAUUAUCCAGAAUAAUGAAAACUUGAAUAACCCAACUAUUCAAAGAAUGAUUUUUCAUGCCUCCAAGGACAUGAGGAACGAUGAUGCUUCAAGAGAAAUGAGAAUGUUAGCCGGGGAGGUUUUAGUGUCUCUUGCUGACCAUGAUUUCAACUCUGUGAUGGAUGAAAUACAAAGACACUUCAAGAUCAUGGAGCUCCCCGAUGAAUUCACCGUCCUUGCCCUGGCUGAACUGGCGACCAGACAUGUAUCCGAGAGCAUACCAUUCAUGACUAUGACCUUACUAACUAUGCAAACCAUGGUAAAGUUAGCUGAAGAAGAAAAGAUGAAGAAAGCAUUCUGUAUUGCCCUUGAGACCUUCAGUAAGGCCAUUUUCAAAUAUAUCAACCACUGGGAAGAAUUUCCUUAUCCUAAAAUGAAUGCCAACCGGUUCUCUGAUAAGAUAUACAUACUUUUUCGGUUCAUAAUGGACAAGUGGACAAUGAACAUGACCUAUGAAACCAACCAAGCAAUUGUCAAGGCCCAUGGCCCAGCAGUGGCCCUCCUACUUCACCGGGAAGACCUCCAGGAGUUUGCUUUACACCAUGUGCCUUGGCUCUUAAAGCAAUAUAAGGAUGUUGAAACAAAUUUCUAUGUCACUCAGAGUCUAAAACAACUAUUGGCUGCAGCCAAACUUUAUGAAGUCUACAUUCCAAAGAACACAAAAAGGACCAUCUUUACUGUCUUACACCAACAGCUCUGUGGCAUCUUAGAGCCGAAAGCUAAGGAAAAUGAAAAUGAAGCUGUGCAGUGUUUCCUCAUUCUAGUGCAUUCCAGCACAGCAGACCUGCUGGAAUUUUUUGAAGAACAGGUGACAAUCAGCAACGAGAACAUCCGAGUGGGAACGUUCUCUUUUUUAAGAUCUGCCAUCUAUGCUGAUGAGCCCAAAUUGAGGGAUUAUAUUACUAUGAUUGAAAGGACAGUCAAACUUGUCAUGGAUGAUUACAGUGUAAAAGUGAGGAUUUCCACUCUCCUUCUCAUCCAGAGCAUGUGUGACAAGGGCUACCUGGAAGCAAGUGAAGGGUGGGAACUGAUUGAAUACAUCUUCUUCCAGUUUGCAUUUUCCAGAUGGAAUUUGGUGGAUCCAGAAAAGUCCACCAUCCAGGAGAAUUUAAUGGCAGAAAAUUCUGUCCUAGAAAUGGCCCUCGAAGUCCUACAGGGAUUGGACCCACUAGUUAAUGGAAUGCCUCAAGUGCUAUGGCCAAAACUCCUGACUUUUGUGGUGCCAAUGGAAUAUACUGGAGUUCUGCCCUAUCUGUUUAAUAUCCUUAGGAUCCUGCUGAUGGCAGAGGAGAAGAAGCAGAAUGUUGAUGAGUCAACAGCUCUUGUUGUCUCUGCUGGACCAGUGAAACUUCCGUCAGCCCAACAGCUGCUGGCCAGACUUUUGGUGAUUUCUGUCCUGGCCAGUGAGGGACUACCAUGUGGGGCUGCAGCAGUAGGUCUUUUAAAGAACCUGUCCAGUAUAAUCCACCCAAACCUGAUAGAACUGUGGAAAGAACUAAUCCCUGAUCUGCUUCUCCCUUUGGGAGGAAAUUGUUAUAAAGUCACACUGUGGGAGGAAAUGUUGCUGGAGAUUCUAAGGGAAUCUUUAUGGAAGAUCAAUGAUAAAAAUUGGAGUAUUCAGCUGACCCAUGAAUUCAUCCAGCAGAUGGGAGCCUAUUACAACACCUCACUUGAGAAGAAAUUCCUUUGGAAGGCUCUGGGAACCACUUUAUCAUGCUGCCAGGAUGUGAAUUUUGUAACUACCCAGCUGAAGGAUAUCUUACUCAAUGCCAGCCAUCUGGGGGACCAGAGAGAGGGGACUGUAUCUAUUCUGGGAUAUUGUGCCAAGAAUCAUUUGGAUAUUGUUUUAAAGGUUCUUAAAACAUUUCAAGCAGAUCAGAAGUCCUUCUCAAGUCGCUGUAAGUCUGUCUUGUAUGGAAAGAAGGCAUUGACCAAGAUUGACCUUAUAGCAAUUUAUGGAUGUGUGGCUCUCCAAUCUCCUAAAAGACAACUUCUCCCUAUUGUGGAAAAAGACAUUGUGAUCCCUGUCCUGAAUCUCUAUACUUCCAGCUGUCAGAUAUUGGGAAUUACUGUUUUAAACAAGAACAUGGAUCUGCAAAUGAGCUUCACAAAAAGUAUCACUGAAAUUUGUAUUGCUAUUCGGGACACUGAAGAACUACUGAAUUUUAAUUUAACCCAUAAGGAAGUGCUCCUUGGAUACAUACUGGAUUUAAUCAGAGAAGAACCUCUAGAUUCCUUAGCUAGCCCAAUCCGUUGGAAAGCCUUAAUUGCUAUUCGAUGCCUAAGCAAACUGAAGCCUCAGUUACCCCUAAAUGACAACCUAAAUAUCCUUGAAGAAAGCCUUCGGAGUCUCAUUCUCCUUCCCCAUCUAACUCAGAUCAUAGAAGAUGGACAGACUGCAGAAGACAAAGCACAUAUCCAAUUUCUCUAUGGAAGAUCCAUGGAUGCCCUUGGGAAACUCAUGAGAACUCUGGUGUGGAAUAACUGGGACCCAGAAGAAUGUCAAGAAAUGUUUAAUCUUUUGCGAAUCUGGCUUCUUUCAUCAAAAGAAUGGGAAAGAGAAAGAGUCUUGCAGAUCUGUUCAAAGGUGUUGACCAACAGUAAUGAAUCACCAGAGAGACUUAAAAUUGGUCCUCUUCUUGGACUUUUUGCACCUCACUGCUGUGAUACCCUACCUACCAUCCGUCUAUGGGCUGCUGAUGCUGUUAUUGGUUUGUUAUUUCUCAAAGAUCUGCCCCAGGAAAUGGAGAAACUAAGGCAUCUGCAGGAAGGACUGCAGUCUACUGAUAGCCAAGUCCAGCUCUGGAUUGCUUCUAAUAUGGCUAAGAUUGUUAGCAAAUACAUCCCCAAUGAAGAAAUCCAAGCAUUUCUAGAAGAAUCACUAGGUGGUAUGGAGACCCUCAACACUGAGUGUUCAAAGGCAUGUGGUGUGUGGGUAAUCACUAUCCUAAAGGAACAAGGAGCUGCCUUGGAAAAAGAGUUGUUGAAUAUCUUGAGCUCAAUUUAUCAUCACAUGCCCAUCCUCAGACUUAAGAAGCAAAACUUCAAUUUUGUUCUACAGGCUAUCACCCAGUUAGCAAAUUUCCACCUUGAGGCAGUUGUUUACAAUCUCCUAAAUAAGCCUCUACCCUUUGAUAGGGACAUAAAAGCACUAUGGAAGGCACUGGCUGAGGAUAGUUCCCUCAACCCCCAACUCUUAAGAGCCUUAAUGGAUAAACUGGAGAAUGGGCUGGAGAAUGACGUAGCAGAAUCAGAGACAAUUGCAGUUGCCUGUGCUAUAUAUGAGGUGGUGUCAAUGGGCAUCCAUAUGAGGGAGUCAUAUGCCGAGCUUUUCUACCUGCUCUUGAAGCUCAUUAGCUGCACAUUGAGUCAGAAGAUGCCAACCCCAACCUUGAGUGAGAGAAAGAAGGUCUUGCCAAGGGGACAGAAACUUCAGGAGGUGGAUCCUUGCAGGCUUUCAACUAACACCUUGAGAUGUGUGCAGGACCAAGCCAUAAAAGAGGGCCUGGCUAAAGAGUCUGACGAGGGAGACAACUUGUGGAAUCUACUCAGUAGCCGCCAUUCGCAUCACUUAGGAGUGUGUGUGCUGGCCAGGAGCUUGGUAGUUUGGCAACAAGAGAUCACGAUAGGCAUCAUGGAGCACAUGUUCCCUUCGCUUUCUUCAACCUCAGAAACCUUCCGAAUAACAGGCACAGCAUUCUUCUCUGAGCUCAUGAAAGAACCACUCCUUUGGAAACAGGGGAAUCUAAGAGAAGUUCUGUUUGUAAUAGACCAGAGUGCCUGGGAUACCAACACCACUUUGAGGCAAAUGGCAAUCAGAGGGCUUGGGAAUGUGGCCCUUGGAUCACCACAAAAAGUAAAGAAGAAUAAGCAGAUGCUGUUAGAAACAGUCAUCAGGGGUCUCUACCACCUGACCCGUACAGAAGUCAUCUGUGAGAGCCUGAAGGCAUUGAAGAAAAUCCUAGAAUUGCUCACAGACAGAGAUGUGAGCUUCUACUUCAAAGAUAUAGUGCUGAAAACAAGAACCUUCUUUGAAGAUGAGCAGGAUAAUGUGAGGCUGACUGCAUUCAUCUUAUUUGAAGAUCUGGCAUCUCUAACAGGAAAAAGGUGGAAAAUGUUUUUUACUGAAGAAAUUAAAAAGAGCAUGAUUUCAUUCAUUCUCCACCUCUGGGAUCCCAACCCAAAGAUAGGUACGGCCUGCCGUGAUGCCUUGGCUGCCUGUAUCCCAUUUCUUGGCAUCCAAGAUUUACAUGCACUGCUGGACCGCUUUGUUGACUGCCAGGAAAUGCCAAAGAACAGGGAAUUCUAUAGAGAUCUAUGCAUGAAGCUGGCAAAGAAGAACCAGGACCUACUAUGGAUCCUCCACACACACACGUUUGCCUACUUCAACAGUUCCUGGGAAGGAAUCCGAAGUGGUGCAGCCAAACUAACAGAUGCCAUUAUUCAGAACAUGACACCUCAGUUCUUGGAGAUGCUGGACCGAGAACAAGUGGACUCAUGUCUCCAGGCACUUAGAGAAGAUCCCUGUGUCAGUGUCCAGAGAGCCGCUGAAGCUGCCAUGCAGACCUUUUUGAGAAGAUGUAGGGAGAUAAGCAACCGUUCAUAA